GUUCCGCCGUGGCGUAGGUAGGAGGCGCAGCCUGUCACUCAUCGAAGGGGGACUCUAAACAGUGAGCAAGGCAGACUGAGAGCCCGGUAACCGGCGGGGCAGCCGGUAUUGUGAAAACAGCCAUGGCUACAGAAUCUCCACGAAGGCCCAGCCGAUGUACAGGGGGAGUUGUGGUUCGUCCUCAGGCUGUCACGGAGCAGUCUUAUAUGGAGAGUGUUGUGACUUUCCUUCAGGAUGUUGUGCCACAGGCUUACAGUGGUACACCUCUCACAGAAGAAAAGGAGAAAAUAGUAUGGGUCAGAUUUGAAAAUGCUGAUUUAAAUGAUACAACAAGGAAUAUGGAAUUUCAUGAAAUACAUGGCACUGGAAAUGAACCACCUUUGCUUGUAAUGAUUGGGUACAGUGAUGGAAUGCAAAUUUGGAGCAUACCUAUCAGUGGGGAAGCCCAGGAGCUUUUCUCAGUUCGACAUGGCCCAGUUCGAGCUGCUCGGAUCUUGCCAUCCCCACAGAUAGAACCGCAGAAAUGUGACAACUUUGCUGAGAAGAGGCCUCUGCUUGGUGUUUGUAAGAGUAUUGGAUCUUCUGGUACAAGUCCUCCAUAUUGUUGUGUGGAUUUACAUUCCUUUCGUACUGGGGAGAUGGUGAAGUCCAUUCAGUUCAAGACACCCAUCUAUGACCUCCAUUGCAAUAAACAAAUCCUCGUUGUAGUCUUACAAGAGAAAAUUGCUGCCUUUGAUAGCUGCACUUUCACAAAAAAAUUCUUUGUUACAAGCUGCUAUCCUUGUCCAGGGCCAAACAUGAAUCCCAUUGCUCUUGGAAGCCGCUGGCUUGCAUAUGCAGAAAACAAGCUGAUCCGGUGCCAUCAGUCCCGUGGUGGAGCCUGUGGAGACAACAUUCAGUCCUACACUGCCACAGUCAUUAGUGCUGCCAAAACUCUGAAAACUGGACUGACAAUGGUUGGGAAAGUGGUUACCCAGCUGACCGGUACACUGCCUUCGGGUGUAACUGAGGAGGACGUUGCCAUCCACAGCAAUACUCGUCGAAGUCCCCUGGUCCCAGGAAUUAUCACAGUUAUUGACACGGAGACAGUUGGAGAAGGGCAGGUGCUUGUAAGUGAAGACUCUGAUGGCAAUGGCAUUGUGGCCCAUUUCCCUGCCCAUGAAAAGCCUGUUUGCUGUAUGGCUUUUAACACAAGUGGUAUGCUUCUUGUCACAACAGACACACUUGGUCAUGAUUUUCAUGUCUUCCAAAUCCUGACUCAUCCGUGGUCUUCAUCACAGAGUGCUGUCCAUCAUUUAUACACCCUUCAUAGGGGAGAGACCGAAGCCAAAGUGCAAGACAUCUGUUUCAGCCAUGACUGUCGCUGGGUCGUCGUCAGCACGCUCCGUGGAACCUCUCAUGUUUUUCCCAUCAACCCUUAUGGUGGCCAGCCCUGUGUCCGUACACACAUGUCACCCCGAGUUGUGAACCGCAUGAGCCGCUUCCAGAAAAGUGCUGGCCUGGAAGAGAUUGAGCAGGAACUCACAUCUAAGCAAGGAGGCCGUUGUAGCCCUGUUCCAGGCCUGUCAAGCAGUCCAUCUGGCUCACCUCUUCAUGGAAAACUAAAUAGUCAAGACUCCUACAACAAUUUCACCAACAACAACCCGGGCAAUCCUCGGCUUUCCCCACUCCCUAGUUUGAUGGUAGUGGUACCUCUUGCGCAAAUCAAGCAGCCAAUGACAUUGGGGACCAUCACCAAACGCACAGGGCCUUAUCUGUUUGGAGCGGGGUGUUUUUCCAUAAAAGCUCCAUGCAAAGUUAAACCACCCCCCCAGAUUUCACCCAGCAAAUCAAUGGGAGGAGAAUUCUGUGUGGCUGCCAUCUUUGGAAUGUCCAGAUCCUGGUUUGCAAAUAAUCCUGGUCUGAAACGAGAAAAAGAUCAGUCUAAACAGUUUGUGGUUGAGUCCUUGUAUAUCAUCAGCUGUUAUGGAACUCUGGUGGAGCAUGUGAUGGAGCCUCGGCCACUCAGCACUGCCCCCAAGAUCAGUGAUGACACUCCCCUGGAAAUGGUGACAUCUCCCCGGGCCAGCUGGACUCUAGUGAGAACGCCUCAGUGGAAUGAGCUGCAGCCGCCUUUUAACGCCAACCACCCUCUGCUCCUGGCUGCAGACGCUGUGCAGCACUCUCAGUUCCUGCUUGCCGGCUUAGUUCCUCCUGGAAGUCCUGGACCCAUUACACGUCAUGAAUCCUAUGACAGUUUAGCCUCAGACCACAGCGGACAAGAGGAUGAAGAAUGGCUUUCCCAGGUUGAAAUUGUGACUCACACUGGACCCCAUAGACGUCUGUGGAUGGGUCCCCAGUUUCAAUUCAAAACCAUUCACCCUUCCGGCCAAACCACAGUCAUAUCAUCAAGUUCCUCUGUGCUGCAGUCUCAUGGCCCAAGUGACACUCCCCAGCCCCUUUUGGAUUUUGAUACUGAUGACCUGGAUCUCAAUAGCCUCAGGAUCCAGCCAGUCCGCUCUGACCCAGUCAGCAUGCCAGGGUCGUCUCGUCCCGUCUCUGAUCGAAGGGGAGUUUCUACAGUGAUCGAUGCUGCCUCAGGUACCUUUGAUCGGAGUGUGACCCUGCUGGAAGUGUGCGGAAGCUGGCCCGAAGGCUUCGGCCUCCGCCACAUGUCCUCCAUGGAGCACACCGAAGAAGGCCUCCGGGAGCGGCUGGCUGACGCCAUGGCUGAAUCUCCAAGCCGGGAUGUCGUGGGAUCGGGAACAGACACAGCCCUUGACGUAGCAGUAAAAAACAUCACCCCCGAGAGACACAUGGCUGUGAAAUGUUUUGAGCUGCAGCGAGAGGGAAGCAUCGAGACUCUGAGUAACAGCUCAGGCUCCACCAGCGGCAGCAUCCCGCGCAACUUCGACGGCUACCGGUCUCCUCUCCCCACUAACGAAAGCCAGCCCCUCAGCCUCUUCCCCUCGGGCUUCCCUUAGCCUCCUCCGACAGCAGCAGCUCUGUUUCCAGGCAGCCUCCCCAUCACCCCCCCCACCCCCUGCCCCGGGAGGGGAGGACCUGGGACUGGGGAUGCUUUCCAGCCUCUGCUCUUUCCACUGACCGCCCUGCCCUGCCCAAGCACAUGAUGAAGAACCCGGCCCGCUUCCCCUGUCUGGCGAGGCGAGGAGGCCCCGCUGGCUCUGUGGCCGCCCUCCCGUGCCCGGCCGGGGGAGACUCCGGAAGCGCAGCUCCCCCUCCUCGCUGCACAGGCUGUUACGCACUGGAUCGGGUUUUGCAUUUCCCAACCCCUGAAGGGGACGGCCCUUGAGUCCCGCCGCAGAGCCCAGGGAAGACGGAUCUACCCGGCCCAGGAUCUGGCUUCUCGAGGCCGAGUGGCCACCGUCCUUCUUCCCUGUGAUCUAACAAAGCAUCGCUUUGCUGUUUCCCUUCGCCCCUCACCCUCCCGUCGCCACACAAACUGAGGCCAGGAGCAUCAUGGAAAAUGGAGGGAGAAGAAAGCGUCUCUCUUCCAGCCCUCUUGCCCCUUUGGCUCAUGGGAAGAAUUGGUAUUUCUUAUAGUUCCCUGUUUUACCCUAAUCUUGUAUUAAGAUUCAACUCCUCUCUUUGGUGAAGGAAGCCAUGGUUAUUGAAACUCUGUAAAGAAGUGCACGUCUUGUCCAAUAAAUCAAGCUGAAAUCGG